AUGACGGACUCGUACACAUCCUCGCGCGACGGAGACUACUCCAAUGGCAUCCCAAACGGUUCAACCACCUCUUUCGGCCAGCCCAUUCCUCCAGCGACUGGUAUCUCUUCAGUCAUUAGGAAAAAACUUAUGGGUUACGUCGGGUUUGCCAACCUUCCAAACCAGGUGCAUAGAAAGAGUGUGAGGAAGGGCUUCCAGUUCACUGCAAUGGUGGUCGGCGAGUCGGGUUUGGGCAAGUCAACACUCAUCAACACCUUGUUCAACACUACUCUUUAUCCCCCCAAAGAGUCCCUGGAUCCUUCUGCGGAGAGGCCCAAAACCGUCGCCAUUGAGAGCAUUGGUGCUGAUAUCGAAGAGAACGGUGUCCGGCUCCACCUUACCGUCGUCGACACGCCUGGGUUUGGUGAUUUCGUUAACAACGACGACAGUUGGAAACCCAUUGUGGAAAACAUUGAGUCCAGGUUCGACUCGUAUCUCGAACAGGAGAACCGUGUCAACCGCCUCAAAAUUGUGGACAACCGGGUGCACGCUUGCCUGUAUUUCAUACAACCAACAGGUCACUCUUUGAAACAACUUGAUAUCGAGUUCAUGCGCCGGCUGCAUACCAAAGUCAACUUGAUUCCUGUCAUAGCAAAAGCAGACACUAUGACCGACGAGGAAAUUGCUAGUUUCAAACAAAGAAUUCUGUCAGAUAUAGAACACCAUCAGAUUCACAUCUUCGAGGCACCUACCUACGAGAACGAAGACGAAGAGACCAUUGCUGAAGCGGAAGAAAUCAGAAGCCAGAUUCCUUUCGCAAUCGUGGGCUCUAACAACUUUGUCGUUACACCGGACGGCCGCAAGGUCAGAGGGCGCGCCUAUCCCUGGGGUGUCGUAGAAGUAGACAAUGAGGAGCAUUGCGAUUUCGUCAAACUUCGACAGAUGCUUGUCCGUACGUAUAUGGAGGAGCUCAGAGAACACACUAACGAUGUGUUGUACGAGAACUGGCGUACAGAGAAGCUUGUCAGCAUGGGUGUUGCGCAAGACUCAAGUGUCUUCAAAGAAAUCAACCCGGCUGCGCGUCUGCAAGAGGAGCGAGUAAUGCACGAAGCUAAGUUAGCCAAGAUGGAGGCGGAAAUGAAGAUGGUCUUCCAGCAAAAGGUCCAGGAAAAAGAGGCUAAGCUCAAGCAAUCCGAGGAAGAGCUAUAUGCUCGUCAUAAGGAAAUGAAGGAGGCUCUUGAAAAGCAACGGUUAGAUCUGGAAGAUAAGAAGCGGAAAAUCGAAACUGGCCGGCCAAUCACUCCGGAAAAGAACGCGACUGGCAGAAGGAAGGGUUUCCUGCGUACUUAG